AUGGAUCCCCUCGGCAUCGAUAUGGACUCGGAUGGGGAUGAAUAUGAAUACGAGUAUCAUGCAGAUGAAACAGAGACCUUCUACCUGAACCUGGACCUGUCAUCCCACCACGGACCGGUGCGACCGCCCCGUCGUCGCCAGGACCCUGCACAGCAGACCGACGAGAUAUCCGCCCUUGCAGAAGGGAAUCCAAAUGCCAAUCCGAGCACCGAUGCCUUCACGCCUCUCGACAGUGCAGAGACACAGGCUCUGCCCAGCGAGCGAAUCCAGAUCCUCGGCCUCCACACGUGCAACCCGAUCGUCUCAUACUACAACCAAAUCUUCAGUUGCUCUUGGGCCAAUCAGAUCGGCACCGAAUUAGUCUUUGCCCAUCCCGACUCAGACCCGGACACAGACCACCCCACUCCACCUCUGCAGCAGGGUCCGGCAUUUGAGCUAGUUGCCGCCAACAGCGUCAAGAUCCUUGGUCGCAAGGCGAACAUCACCUCCAGCUCUGGCCCGGGAUUGGUCCAGGACGCUGGUGAAACCAAUGCCAGCUCUGCUCCUGCCGAGACGAUGCACUCUCCGGCAGCUGGGAUCCCUCGUCGAGGAGCAGGGCCGACACACCAGGCGCAGUUCAUCCAGCGGCUCCAAAGCAUUAAAGCUGACAAGGGCGAGACGGAUCAGGUGCGCACGAUUGUGAGCGCACGGCGCAAUGUGAAUGUUACAGAGCGACUGGGUGGCUGGGCCAAAACCGAGGCGCAGAUCGCAGAAAUCCAGCGACUCAACGAGCGGGCGUCCCGGGGCGACAUGGAGGCUUGGAGGGCUCUUGACCAACUUACUCAAGACACCAACCCGCAUGAAUCGGCAUCUCUCUCCGCCCGGGAGAGUCAGUCUCCAUCUUGA